AUGGGUCCGGGCCGGAGGGUCCGGCCGCCCGCCGACCGGCCGCCGAGGCAGCGGGCCGGGCGCGGGGCCGGCCCGGGGCGGGAGGCGCCGGCCCCGGCCGCGGCGGCGGGGACGAGCGGCGGCGGCGGCGCGCUAGACGCCCCCGACGGCUCGUGGCUGCAGCGGGUGGCCCGCCGCGUCAGCGCCGCCCCCCACCUGCGGGCCGCCCUGCACGACGCCGGCCCGGUGGGCGUGCUGGCCGUCCAGCGCUACCUGGCCGAAGCCCGGCCGGCCCCGACCCCCCGCUACUGCUACGACGUCACCGUCACCGACGGGGUGUGCCGGGAGAAGUGCCACCUGGUGCCCGAGCUCAACGGCCUGGUCCAGAAGAACAUCCUCCGCGCGGGCAUCGAGGUCCGCGUCCAAAAGGUGUCCUGCCUCUACAACGAGAAGAAGCUGAACGCCAGGAUCCUGUGCCUGGAGGGCCUGGACUGCGGCGGGGGGGCGGCCGCCCCCGACGCCCUGCCGGACCGGGAGGAGCCGGCCGACGGGCCCGACCGGCCUCUGAAGGGCGGGAGGAAACAUUACCUGCCCCUCUGGAACAACGAGGAUCCCUACGGAGAUGUGUGGGUCGACAGAAAGGAGCCCGACCAACGCCAGGUCGACGUAUCCAGAAUAACAUCCGUUGCACACCUUGAAAUGACAUGGAUGAGCCGAAUUAAUUUCAGCCCUUUGCUUGUAAGAAUCAUGUACAAAUCGAGACUGCGGUAUUAUGGGAAACCUGAAAAAAACCUGGAUGAACCAUAUCAGGCCUAUCUGGAAGUUGCUGACAGUUCCGGUAUGGUGUCCAUGAUUUUGUGGAACAGUUUAUGUUCCGAGUGGUACAACAGUUUGAGCGUUGGUACAGUUAUCCUGAUUCAGCAAUAUACCAUCAAGAAGAGUUACCCAUUUAGAACACAGCCAAGCCUGGGGAAUUCACAGAUGAAGAGAAUUUCUACAAUUGAGAUCUGCUUGAACCUCCAAGAUCCUUCAACCAAAAUAAGUAUCAUUCCUGAAAACCUGGUGAAACCAGAGUGGAGAUUACCAGAAGUAAUGUAUAAUUUUAUUGCAAGGUCAGAACUGGAUAAAUUGCCAAACAAUUACUCCUGUGAUAUUAUUGGCCUAGUAACUUUUGUAGGAAGGGCUCAGCGAACUAAGAAGAAAGAAAACAGCGAAGAUUUUUGGUUAUAUCGCUGGGUCCAUGUUGUUGAUGGGACAGCAGAUGAACCAUUUAUCCUGGAAUUAUUUGCAACGUCACAGCCUGAUACCUUUGAGCAUAUUCACCCAAUGACGUAUUUGGUGUGUACCCAGGUGAGAGUGAUGAGAGAUGACACUCAAGCCCCCAAUACGCUUUACCUAACGACUUCAAAUGAGUCUCAAAUUUUUAUUACUGGGUAUCACAAAGGCCAGCCUUAUACCUCUGAUGCCAAAGUGAAAAGCUUCAUUCAGUGGACUAAAACCCAAAGUGAAAAUGAUCAGAUAAAGAAAACCAUCAUUGGUGGAUAUUACCCCUUCCCACCAGCUCCAGAUACAUUUUUGAAGUAUUGUAAUUGCAUUAAAGUUGAAUCAGUUUUGACAGCUCUAAGUGAAUUGAAGGGUAAGAUUGAAGCUCUGCACUACAGAGAGCAUAAGCGCAUUGCUAUUCAGGGCAUAAUCAGUGCUAUAAAAUAUGUCAGCUGUAGCAGUGCCCCUGAAGAUGGCUCAGAAGGGGGAACAGUUCAGGAACAGAGCUAUCCUUCAAAAUCUCAAGCUGUAGAAGAAACUGAUUUUCAGUCAGAAGAAAGCGAAGUUCAGAAAGAAGAUUCCAGGUGCCAUCAAGAUAAAGAAAUUAAAUUUGUUCUGAAUUCACAGGAAAAUGAUUUAGAAGAGCCACAUGAUCAAACUUCAACAGCCAGUUGUAGUCCAGUUCAGAGAAAAAAGAUGAAGCAACGUCUGGGAGAUAAGUCAGCUCUUCCAGCGCAAGAAGAUCAUUUGGCAGAAGAAGAAAGUAGACUAACUGUACAAGAUACCUCUCAACUUUGCAGAGAUGAGGAAAGCAUGAAUGAUGAGCCUGCAGUAGAAGAUACAAGAGAACUGUACAGAGAAUCAUGGGAGAGUCAUCUGUGGACAGAGGUGAAAGAUAACUUAAUAGAUCACCUACCAUACAGCCGUGUUCAUCCAGAAAGCAUCCCACGUAAAUUCGAUUAUGUACACAAAGAUUUUCUAAUGCAGCAAUAUAAUCUUCAUCCAGCAAAGUACAAGCCUAAACAAUAUAGCACAAAUAAAGAAAUUCAUGAAUUUAAAGAUGCCAGAGGCCUUGGACAUUUUGAAAUCACUGUCCUAGGUCUAAACCAUAAGGUAGCAAUAGAUGUUGCAUUUCUACCUACUUUCAGUCUUGAAGAUCCCCAGUUAUCUGUGGGAGAGGACCUCUGUAGAGACAACUUGUUAUCCUGCAUGGAUUGGAACUCUGUCUAUCACUCAGAGACAUUCAGCAGUAAAAGGCUUCAGAGUGCCACUUCAUUCCCAGGUGAAAUUAUAAAAGCAGCAACUGACCUGGACAGAGUGCAUAUUGUCUGUAUACUGGAUAUUUGUCAUUUGGGUGAAGAUAGAGUGGAAGUCUUCCUGAACAAAAUUUAUAGGCCAGUGGACACUGCGUAAACUGAGACAUUUUAUGUGGUUCUAGAACUGAAAUGGUAAAAUAAAUAGCAUUUUUAAAUUUU